AUGCAUGCUGAACAUCUGGGGAGUGAUGCUGUUCAUCCGGAUGUCGUGGAUCGUGGGUCAGGCGGGCAUCGCUCUGUCCUGCGCCAUCGUUCUCACGGCUAUCGUGGUCACGUCUAUCACUGGACUCUCAACAUCAGCAAUCGCCACCAACGGCUUCGUGCGCGGAGGCGGGGCGUAUUACCUGAUCUCCAGGAGUUUGGGUCCAGAGUUUGGAGGAUCCAUCGGUCUGAUCUUUGCCUUUGCCAAUGCUGUCGCUGUGGCCAUGUAUGUUGUGGGUUUUGCAGAAACUGUCGUUGAACUUCUGGAUAGUAUAGAUGCUCUCAUGACGGAUGAGAUCAAUGACAUCAGGAUCGUCGGCACGCUUACAGUCAUCUUACUUCUGGGCAUCUCUCUUGCUGGCAUGGAGUGGGAGGCUAAGGCCCAGAUUGUGUUAUUGGUGAUUCUUGUGGCAGCUAUUUGUAACUACUUCAUCGGAUCGUUCAUCCCCUUGAAGUCAAAGGAACCUCAAGGCUUCUUCGGUUAUAACGCUGCCAUAAUGAUGGAGAACAUGGGUCCAGACUUCAGAGAUGAUGAAACCUUCUUCUCCGUCUUUGCUAUCUUCUUCCCGGCCGCCACAGGAAUCCUAGCAGGAGCCAAUAUAUCAGGAGACCUGGCGGAUCCGCAGUUAGCGAUUCCUAAAGGAACUCUCUUGGCAAUCCUCAUAACCGGAGUGGUUUACAUCGCUGUUGCCAUCUCGAACGGCUCUUGUAUCGUGCGGGAUGCCACAGGCGAUGAUAACGACACCCUAGUGGGCUCGCUGGAGAACUGCACCGAUGCCGCUUGCACGCUGGGAUACGACUUCUCCAUCUGCAAAGAAGGUGGCUGCAAGUACGGCCUUCAGAAUGACUUCCAGGUGAUGAGUUUGGUGUCUGGCUUCGGGCCACUCAUCACAGCUGGGAUCUUCUCUGCCACUCUCUCAUCGGCGCUGGCUUCUCUGGUCAGCGCUCCUAAAGUCUUCCAGGCCUUGUGUAAGGAUAAACUCUACCCUGGAAUGCAUGUGUUUGCCAAAGGAUACGGGAAGAACAAAGAGCCUCUGCGUGCUUACGUCCUCACCUUCAUCAUCGGCCUGGCCUUCAUCCUGAUCGCUGAGUUAAACAUCAUCGCUCCCAUCAUUUCCAACUUCUUCUUGGCCUCUUACGCCUUGAUAAAUUUCUCUGUUUUCCACGCGUCGCUGGCGAACUCCCCAGGGUGGCGUCCGAGUUUCAAAUACUAUAACAAGUGGGUGUCGUUAGCCGGAGCCGUGCUGUGCUGCGUGGUGAUGUUUGUGAUCAACUGGUGGGCGGCGCUGUUCACCAACGUCAUCGUCCUGGCCCUCUACAUCUACGUCAGCUACAAGAAACCAGAUGUGAACUGGGGUUCGUCGACACAAGCGCUGAUGUACAAUCAGGCACUGACUCACAGUCUGCAUCUCACGGGGGUUGAGGACCAUAUCAAGAACUUCAGGCCUCAGUGUCUCGUAAUGUCCGGAUACCCAAACUCAAGACCAGCGCUGCUGUAUCUAGUGCACGCUUUCACCAAAGACGUGGGCUUGAUGGUCUGUGGCCACGUGCGCACGGGAUACCGUAGGCCAAACUAUAAGGACAUGAUGAACGAGCAGGUGCGCUAUCAGCGCUGGCUGCUAAAGACCCGAAUCAAAGCCUUUUACACUCCUGUGUUUGCUGAUGAUCUCAGACAAGGAGCCCAGUAUCUCCUACAGACCACUGGGUUGGGUCGCCUAAAACCCAACACACUGGUGUUUGGCUUUAAGAACAACUGGAGGGACGGUGAGAUGAAGGAUGUGGAAACCUACAUCAACACCAUCCAUGACGCGUUUGACCUGCAGUUCGGGGUGGUUCUCUUGAGACUGAAAGAAGGUCUCGACAUCUCUCACAUUCAAGAUGAAUUUCAGACCUCGCAGGAGAAACCUCCUGGAAUGAAGGAUCUCUUGGUGUCCAUCAACAUCAAAGACUUUGACAGCGAUUCCUCAAAACCGUCAUCUAAAUCCACCAGCUGCCAAAGCAGCCCGCUCAUCUUCAGAGACACCAAGAAGCCUCCGAUGCAGCUCAGUCCUGCGGAUGAGAAACUUCUGGCCGCCAGUCAACAGUUCCAGAAGAAACAAAGCAAAGGAACCAUCGAUGUUUGGUGGCUGUUUGACGACGGAGGCUUGACACUUUUGAUACCGUAUUUGCUAACCAACAAAAAGAAAUGGCGCGACUGCAAGAUCCGUGUGUUCAUUGGAGGAAAGAUAAACCGGAUUGACCACGACCGCAGAGCAAUGGCGGCGUUGCUCAGUAAGUUCAGGAUUGACUUCUCUGACAUCACCGUUCUUGGAGACAUCAACAUUAAGCCAAAGAAGCACAACAAGAAGAUGUUUGAGGAGAUGAUCGAGCCGUACAGACUGAAGGAGGACGACAUGGAGCAAGAAGCCGCUGAGAAACUGAAGGCUAAAGAACCGUGGAGGAUCACAGAUAAUGAGCUGGAGCUCUACAGGGCCAAGUCGAAUCGCCAGAUCAGACUGAACGAGCUUCUAAAGGAAUACUCGAGCAUAGCCAACCUUAUUGUCAUAACCAUGCCGCUCGCCAGGAAGGGGACGGUGUCCAGUGCUCUUUACAUGACCUGGCUGGACACGUUAACUAAAGAUCUGCCACCAAUACUUCUUGUCCGAGGAAACCAUCAGAGUGUUCUGACCUUCUACUCGUGAAGAGAACGUGAAGUGACUGUGUUACAAUCAGUACAUUUGUAUAUUGACCAGAUUUGUUUGCCGUCGCCAAAUCGACUAACAGUAUUUUUAAUAUAUUGAGCUGAAAUAACCAGUGCUACACAAAUGUUCAAGUUUAUUUGUUUAUAUAUUUUUAAUGUAACGACACUUACCAAAAAAAAAAAGCAGAUUAAAUUAUGCUUGAAAUAAAUUUUAAGAGAUAGUUCACCCAAAAAGUUGUUCCAAACCUGGAACGACAUGAAGGUGAGUAAAU